GUGAGAAGAAAGGGUCAAAACAAACCAAGGCCCCAACCCCAAUGCACUCUCUCUCUCUCUAGUCACACUCUUUCAAAUAUCUUGUUCUCGUGUGUGGUAGCAUCAUUUCAAUAGCAACAAGAGAAAGUGAACCCAAAAGCCUUUUGUUCUUUGAUUCUUUCUCUUUACAUACACUUGCACUCUUCUGUUUCCUUCUUUCCUAUUCUCUGCUCUGAACUUGUUCACCUUUGUUUUUAUUCUUCUCAGAUAGAGAACCAUCACCCCAUUAUUAAUAUAAUAAAAAUAAUACUAAUAAUCUUCUAUAUAGUUGCUUACUGGUUGAGAAGUAAGGUAAAAUGCAGCAGCACCUGAUGCAGAUGCAGCCUAUGAUGGCAGCUUACUAUCCAAACAACGUCACCACUGAUCACAUUCAACAGUACUUGGAUGAGAACAAGUCCUUGAUUUUGAAGAUUGUGGAGAGUCAGAAUUCUGGCAAACUCGGCGAGUGUGCAGAGAACCAAGCAAGGCUACAGAGAAAUCUCAUGUACUUGGCUGCAAUAGCUGAUUCACAACCUCAACCACAAACCAUGCCUGGUCAGCAGUAUCCUGGUGGUGGUGGAAUGAUGCAGGGUCAACAGCAGGGAGGAGGAGGAGGAGGAGCACACUACAUGCAGCAGGCUCAGCAGAUGACACAACAACAACUAAUGGCUGCGCGUUCCUCGCUUCUAUACGCGCAGCAGCAGCAGCAGCCUUACGCGGCACUUCAACAGCACCAGCUCGGCAGCGGUGGAAGUUCAGGAGGACUUCACAUGUUGCAAAGUGAAGCAUGUAGUAAUAUGAAUGUGGGAGGAAGUAGUAGCUCUGGUGGAGGAGUAGGAGGGUUUCCCGACUUCAUUCGCGGUGGAGGAGGUGAUGGUUUGCAUAGGAGUCUUAUGGGAGGUGGUAGCAAGCAGAGUGAGAUUGGGAUGGGUUCUUCAUCUGAUCAAGGCCGAGGCGGCGGCGGCGGCGGUGAUGGUGGCGAAAACCUUUACCUCAAAUCUUCUGACGAUGGAAACUAGUCCUAGUCCUGAAUCAACUAGCUAUAUCUAGAUCCAUUUUGGUUUAGUUAAUUAUGAAGUUUAGCUUUUAUGAUUAAGUUAGUUAGCUAGGAGAAUUAGUAGUGAAUUAUGAUGAAUUAGCUAGCAAGGUAGGUGAAAAACUUAAAUGGAUAAUCUUUCUUGUGCUUAUUCCAGGCAAACUAUUUUCUGAGAUUUGAAUUACUUGCAUUGAAUGAAUGUUAGCUUUUGCUUGCU